AUGGGAAAUAAGGAUACUAGACCUAAAUUUGAAAAAGGCCACAUUUUCGUUACUGUUGACAAACAACAUUACAAUGUCGGAGAGGACAUUCAUGGAGUGGUGCAUGUCCAAUUAGAGCAGCCAUUUGCUGGUAAGGCUUUAAAAGUCGAGAUACUUGGUUACGAGAAAACGAAAUGGGUCACUCGAGAGCAAAGAGGAGAACAUAGUCAUAAGGAAACUCACAAGGGUCGACAUGAAUUUCUCCAAAUCCACUAUAAUAUUGCUACAUUUGAAGACGGCAUAGUACAACCAGGGCAGUACAGUUUUCCUUUUGUUUACAAUCUUCCUGAAUGGCUACCUUCAAAUGUGGUUUAUAUAUCAGAUAAGUCAUCAAGAUUUUGGAUUAACUACAAACUCAAAGCCACAUUGGAGUAGAACUUUGAGGAUUAGAACAAAGCUCCAUUGAAGCCUUUCAUGUCUAGAAGAAAAUUGUAUAUUCAUAAGAAACCUGAACAGCCUCAUUUCAACAAGGAACUCAAACUCGAGAAAAAUAUCAAGACUUUCUACUUUAUAAAGCAAGGUCUCUCUAAGGUAGACCUAGUCUUUGAGAAGGAUACCUUUUCGUAAGGGGAGGUUGGAAAAGUACUAUGCAAUGUCGACAACACUAAAUGUGACAAGGACAUUGAAAGUAUCACUAUCUUAUUUAGAAGUAUUACGGUGGGCAAGGACAAUAAAAAAAAGCUGUACAAGAAAGUUGACACUCUGAGCAAGACUAAGUAUGAUGGAGUAAAGUCAGGGACGUCUAAGACUCUUAAUUUGGAACUAAGCAUUAUAGAUGAUCUUUUAGUUAAGAAGAAGAAAGAUUAUGUGGAUAACUACAUGAAGAGUCACAAGUAAAAACUCACAGACUAAGAUUACGAAAUCACAAAGAAUCUGCUACCGACCACAGUAGGAAGCAUUAUAUAAUGCAAUUAUAUGCUUGAAGUGCAAAUGAUUCACAAGGGUGCCACUUUUGGAAGCAAGAUACCCACUGGCCAGAUGCAAAUCCUUAUUAACCAUCCCUUCGAAAAACCCAGUGGUGUUGAAAGCUAGAUUACCCCAGUAAUGGCAUUAUUUGAAAAUCAAACUCCCUAAGUGAAUGAAUAAGUAUUCAUUGUUCAAGACAAUAUAAGAGAAGACUAGCUAUAUCCAAUGGUAUUCCAGCCCUAACAUUAAGAUCCAGUGUUUUUAGAGGGCUAACUUUCUAUGUCAAGAGUUUCAGAGAUUAGUAAUCAGCUAAUAGGAGGAGAUCCCUAAAAUCUCCCAUACACUAAUUAGCAAUAUGAUUGUGGAUCUGAUGAUUAAUUCGAGUAGUACAAGAGAUACCAACUGGAGCAGUUAAAAUUGCUAGACCAAAAUCUAAGCUAGAAGUGA